CAAGUGCGCCCCCCCCCCCCCGCGCGCCUCCGGGACCUGGAAUCCCGGCUGCAGAGCCCUGCCCCGGACUCGCUGCCCCCGCUCUUCUUGCGGACGCCCGGGGCAGCCCUGCGGGGGCUCAUCCUUGAAUAGUCGCGGGCGCCGCUCUGCUCCCAUCAGUGCGCACGCAUCCGGAGAUGUGGCGGUGGCGAGACGGCCGUCACCAGCCCGCGCGGGGCGCACGAACGGGGCUGGGGGACACGGACAGGUCAUCCGGCGUCACUGAGCCGGGCGGGGGGUGAUUAUAAUCCGGCUGCGGGACGCGGUGGGAUCACAAAGCUGGGAGCCCAACCUUAUCCUGGGGCGGCCCACCGGGACUCCCAGGGAAAGUGGGGUCUGGUCCAGCUGCGCCCCGAAGGACAAGUGGAAGGCUGGGGAGACGCGGGUGUAACAGUGCAGAGACUCCGCGUCUUCGAGGCCCGCGGCGGGGGGAGGCGCGGAGAUGGGGCUGAUGGCGGUUCAGAGUGGAAGAGAAGGGAGUCAAGGAGACAUAAGGAGGAGCAGCCACAGAAGUGGGUGGGGAGCACGGAACGGGUGCAGGAGGCCACAGCAAGGAAGGGAACUGGAAAGGAGGCGCCAAGAGGCGUGUCAGGUGCUGGCCACGGGGCUGGUUGGAUCGAAACUGGGACAAGCCCCGGACAUUUGGCACCCUCGACCUUGAGAACCUUGGGGAGAUGGUUCCAUGGAGAUUGGAGUGAGGAAGCGGAGCGUCCGUGUAGACAGUAUUUUCUAGGAGUUAUGUUAAAGUGAGAAGGUGUAGAUGUUGGAGAGGAAUGUGGAAUGAGGGUAAAGGGCGUUUUAAAGCACCAUGUGUGGUUAGAACACAGGCUCAGGGCUCCCGAGUCCCCACUCACUAUCGGGGAGUCCUUGGGCAUGUCACUGAACCUCUUGGUGCCUCAGUUCCCUUUUCCGUAAAACGGGGAUGAAGAUGACAAUACCUGCCUCAUGGGGUUCACGUGAAGCUUAGAUGAGAUGGUGCCUGUAAAAGCACUUAACACGGCACUAAAAGCACCUGUUACUUUUCACUUGUAAUUAUUAGAGCAGCUUGCGAUAUUUUGCUGCUGAUAGGAAGGAGCUGGGAGGCAUUGAAGACAGAGGGGAGAGAAAAGGGAGCAGAGAGAAAGGGACCGAAGAACUUGGAUGGAGAGAGAAAUCUUGGGUUCCUGUGCCAAACCAAGGGAAGGAGGGAGCAGGUGGGGACGCAGGGAAGUUUGCAGGUUUGGGGUAUGUGGUUAAGUGAGUGGCUUUCUGAUAGUCUUUCUCCGAAGUAGGCCUCAAGGUCGUUUGCUGAGAGGGCCAGGUCAGGGCUGGCCCAGGUGAGGGUGGAGGUCCUGAUUUACACUGCAGCAGUAGGGUAGGGUGCCAUGCCCUCUUUGCCAGCAACCCCAGGCAGACUCGGCAUCGCUCCCGGGAAAGUGGACAGUUGAAUUUACUAGGGUCAGAGGACAACGUCAGACCUGCCUUGCCCACUUGUGAGGCUCAUCUAAAGUUGAUGGAUGUGAAAACACUAUAUAAGCAUAACUUACCAUUUUAGUCUUUCUUCGUGACCUUGAGGAGCUGGAAGGGCUGUGGCCAUCAUCAAUAUCAAAGUUUUUCGGGCACUUCACUUGGGCCGUGCACCAUGCCAUGCUUUCACCCAUGAUCUCAUUUAGUGAUUACAAGUCAGGUGAAGUAGGUAUUAAUAUUAACCCCAUUUUGCAGAUGCAGAAACUGAGGUGCAGAGAAGUUACUGACCUUGUCCCAGGACCCACAGCUAGUAAGUGAUGGACUCAGGGUCCCAACUCAGAUCUGUCAGACCUCGAAGCCUGUGAUUUGAAACUACUAUGAAAGUUUGCAAAACCCCUAGUAGCAACCCAGCAGAAUAGAAAGAUGUGGAGGGAUCAUCUUUUCCAUUUGGUAGGUGAGAAAACAAAGGCUAGAAGCUCUGACCUCCAUCCUGGGCUCUGUAGGCUCCACCAAGCUGCCUUGUUUUUGCCUCUCUUGAAUGGGAGGAAGAACACAGAGCUUAGAGUCCCACAGACCUGGUGGUCAUCGUGCUGUACCACCAGGUGCUGUGUGACUUUGGACCAGGCAUCUUGCUCCUCUGUGCCUCCCCAUGCCUGCGGAAUUCCUAACAGGUUGCUCUAAGGAAUAGGAAGGAAAAUGUUGCCUGGGGCAUGGUAGAUGUGCCAGGAGCCAUGCUUCCCACACAACCAUGGAUCUGCGUCCCACUUGGCUGCUGAGACCAACUCCUCGUGACCUUGUAUUUAUUUAGACCUUUGUUCUCCUCAGGGCCAGGAAGUGGUGGCGCCUGAUCCGAGUCUGUGGCCACCUAUGACUUCCUGAGUGGGGCCGUGGAGAAUGACUGGACACUCCUAGAGCCUGCAGUCACCAUCCAGGGGAUUUUUUUCACCACAAAGGGUAAUUCCUGUCUCAUCCCUGCUGUGACUCAGCUGUGACGUUGAACCGCACAAGCCAGCGAGAAGAUAAAAUCAUCAGACUCCUGCACAUCAGAGAGGGGGGCCCGGCCAGCACUCACCUCUUCUCCCAGCACAGACUCCACGGAGCUGGUCCCCUCCCCAGAGGAGCUUGAACAGGGGCCCCCCACCAGCCAGCCUGGGACCCUGCGAUGGCCUCUGGCUCGGCCAGCAGCCGCCACCCGGCCCCCGAUGAGAACGAGUUCCCCUUUGGGUGCCCCCCCACCGUCUGCCAGGACCCACCAGAGCCCAGGCCCCUCUGCUGCGCCGUCUGUCUCUCUGAGAACGUGAGGAAUGGUGAGGAUCGAAUCUGUCCCAAAUGCAAAGGGGAUGACACACCAUCUGAAAGGCCAGGAAGCCUUCUGUCUCAGGAGCAGGAUCACCCCGAGGUGGCUGAGGCUGGAGUUGGGUGUCCCUUUGCAGGUGUUGGCUGCGCCUUCAAGGGGGGCCCAAAGUUCAUGCAGGAGCAUGAGGUCACCUCCCAGGCUACCCACCUGAACCUGCUGUUAGGGUUCAUGAAACAGUGGAAGGCCCAGCUGGGCUCUGGCCUGGGGUCUGGACCCAUGGCCCUGGAGCAGAAUCUGUCAGACCUGCAGCUGCAGGGGGCUGUGGAGACAGCUGGGGACCUAGAGGUGGACUGCUACCGGGCCCCCUGCUCCGAGAGCCAGGAGGAGCUGGCCCUGCAGCACUUCAUGAAGGAGAAGCUCCUGACUGAGCUGGAGGGGAAGCUGUGCGUGUUUGAGAACAUUGUCGCCGUCCUCAACAAGGAGGUGGAGGCCUCCCACCUGGCCCUGGCCGCCUCCAUCCACCAGAGCCGGCUGGGCCGUGAGCACAUCCUGAGCUUGGAACGGAGGGUGAUGGAGCUGCAGCAGACCUUGGCCCAGAAAGACCAGGCCCUGGGCAAGCUGGAGCAGAGCUUCCGCCUCAUGGAAGAGGCCUCCUACGACGGCACGUUCCUAUGGAAGGUCACCAGUGUCACCAGGCGGUGCCAUGAGUCAGCCUGCGGCAGGACCGUCAGCCUCUUCUCCCCAGCUUUCUACACUGCCAAGUACGGAUACAAGUUGUGCCUGCGGCUCUACCUGAAUGGGGACGGGACGGGGAAGAGGACCCACCUGUCCCUCUUCAUCGUGAUCAUGAGAGGGGAGUAUGAUGCUCUGCUGCCGUGGCCUUUCCGGAACAAGGUCACUUUCAUGCUGCUCGACCAGAACAACCGUGAGCACGCCAUCGACGCCUUCCGGCCCGACCUGAACUCAGCAUCCUUCCAGCGGCCCCAGAGCGAAACCAAUGUGGCCAGCGGCUGCCCACUCUUCUUCCCCCUCAACAAGCUGCAGUCGCCCAAGCAUGCCUACGUGAAGGACGACACCAUGUUCCUCAAGUGCAUCGUGGAGACAGACGCUUAGGGCAGGAGGGGCCGAGCAAGCCGCACCCGGGUCCCGAGGGAGCACCCGCUCAGAUGGGGGUUCAGCAAGAUGACUGAGGCCCUGCCUUUGGCGCCCAAGAUCCCAAGGCACAGUGAUGGGCCGGGGCUGGCAUGACGUGAGCCGAGCGGACAGAUUGACCGUGGCUAGCUAUCAGUUUAGUGUGGCAGGACCUUGGACUGGGCCCACAGAGGCACACGGUCCCAAAGGAGGUGGUGCAGGACUGAUCCCCCUGCACUGACCGUGCAGCACUGGAGCCCCGAGAGCCACCUGGCCCUGAAUGUUGAGAUGGACUCCGGCCGAGAUGGGGAGGGUGUGGGGACCAGGCUGGGGCGUGGAUGGGGAACUGGAGGUGUGGGACCUCAGCAAAGAAGCUCCAGGGAUGGGAAGACCUCUGCAGGCCGCCACGGAGAGUGAGCUUGCUCUCGUCCUGCUUGGAAUCAGAACCAGGACCAGGGGGUGGAAGUGACAGGGUGCCAGUGCGAAUUCAAUCUGUCCCAGCCUGGACCGAGUUCCCCAGCACUGGAGGUGAACAAGCAAAACCAGGGGGCUACGCUGCGGGGAGGGCAUCAGAUGCGGGGAGGGGUGGUUUUGAAGACCUUCAUGGUUCCUUCCAGCCCAGAGUCUCUGACUCUAGGCCUCCUGGGCCAGAUGAGGCCUAGUGCCGCAGGGGGUCUGGAAACAUUCAGGAGCCCGAUGCCCUCCAGUUUCCUGACUCACCUUCAGUACCGCCAGGUGGGCUGAGCUGACCCGCACGGCACCUGCCACCCUGGGCCCGGCAGUCUGCUUGCCCUCCAUGCAGAGCCACGCAGAGGCCCUGCGUCCUGCGCGUCCCCCAGCUGAGCGCCCCUCCACCUUCUCCAGGUGAAACCAGGUCCCUAGCUCCCAGAGGCAGCUGGAAGGAGCGUGGAGAAGGAGAGGGGCACAGACUCUCCACGCUGCCUGCCUGGGGGCCCCACUCUUGGCCAUUUCCAGAAUCCCGUGUCGCCUGUUGAACGAAGGCAACCACAUCUCUAGUUGAUGGAUCAGGACCGCUGAGCCACCCACAGAUGUUGACCUUUUAUAUGUAUAAAACCAAAGAAAGAAUUUUUUUAAAAUCUGUUUUGCACUUUUCAUAAAGGGUAUGGUUGUGGGAGUUGGUGGUGACUUGUGAGCUCUGGGUGGCGCUGCCAGUUUUGCAGGUGGCAUCCAAGGCUGGUGUGCUGGCAGGAACAUGCCUCUCUGCCUCAGUCUUCUGACUGUAAUGGGGGAACCGCCCCGGCCUGCCUCCCUCGCUGAGUUCUGUGACCUCAAAGGAGAUGCUACGCAGGAGAGGCUAGAGAGAGAAAGGCCCGGGCACCACUGCCCACCUGGCCUGGCCUGGCUGCGGCCCAUGCUUGUCUUCUCACCUUGGAGGUCCCUACACAACCAGUUCCUGUAGGGACCCUCGGCCGUCUUUCCAGAGCCCUGAGGCUG